AACUCAUAUAUUAUGUGCAUGGCUCUACCUAUGGGAAAUUGGAGAUUAAAAAGCUCAUUUUCUAGCUUCAUGUUCCUCCUUUUUUUCCUCCUGCUCCAUUUCACCCCAACAAUAACUGCACAAUCUCCAAUUUACAUGUACACUUUUUGCCACAACUCAACAACAGGCAAAUCUCCUACCACUUCAUACCAAUCCAAUGUCAACAACUUCCUCUCAUGGGUAACCUCUGAUUCCAUCACAGGCACAGUAUAUAACGAAACCAUAAUAGGCAACAAUGGUGAUGGUGAUGGUGAUGCUGCUGUUUAUGGGAACUACAAUUGCAGAGGAGACCUAAGUGGAUAUUUCUGCCAAUUCUGUCUCACCACCGCCGCGAGAGAAAUCGCGCAACGCUGUCCCAACACUGUCACAGCUAUGAUAUGGUAUGACACAUGCAUCAUUCGUUGCUCCAACUACAAUUUCUUUGGAAAAAUUUCUUUAACGCCGGCAUGGAACGUUUCCGGGUCCAAAACCAUAAAGGACUCAACAGAGCUUAGGAAAGCACAGGAUGACAUGAGGGGUUCGAUAACAAAACUAACUAACCAGAACCAGAACCAGUACUGGGGAACUGUUGAGUUUAAUUGGACUAACACUGAGAAAAGGUAUGGCUUGUUGCAGUGUAGUAAAGACCUUACUAGUCAUGAUUGCAGACAGUGUUUAGAGACUCUGUUGGAUAUAGUUCCCCUGUGUUGUGAGACAAAGGUAUCAUGGGCAAUUAUGGCACCAAGCUGUGGGAUGAAGUUUGAUGAUUAUAGGUUCUACCAGAUUACCAAUCAGACAGGAACAGGAUCCCCUUCUCUUAUUCCAAAUCCAGCCGAGCAUGAAGGUGGAAGAAAUACCAAAAACCGGAUUAUUAUCAUAGUAAGUGUGUUGGUAGCAGUAGCUCUACUAAUUUGUUGUGUCUAUUAUUCCUGGAGCAAGAAUGGUUUAUGUAAAGUUGGAUUGCUGUUGAAGACCAAUCCUACAGCUUCUAAUGAUCAUGUUCAAAGAGAGGAAUCAUUGAAUGAAGACCUUCCUAUAAUUCCUUUAGCUGUAAUUCAAAAGAUAACUAAUAACUUUUCAGAGUCAUCCAAAUUAGGAGAAGGUGGAUUUGGACCUGUUUACAAGGGUACUCUACCAGAUGGGACUGAAAUUGCUGUCAAAAGGCUUGCGGAAACGUCUGGUCAAGGUUUAGAGGAGUUCAAGAAUGAAGUAAUCUUCAUAGCUAAACUGCAACACAGAAAUCUUGUCAAACUCUUGGGUUGCUGCAUUGAGGAAAAUGAGAAGAUGCUAGUAUAUGAGUACAUGCAAAAUUCAAGCCUUGAUUUUCACCUAUUCAAUGAGGAAAAGCAAAAGCAAUUAGAUUGGAAACUACGACUAAGCAUCAUCAAUGGAAUUGCAAGAGGACUACUAUACCUUCAUGAAGAUUCUCGACUCAGAGUAAUCCAUAGAGAUAUGAAAGCCAGCAAUGUUCUUCUGGACCAUGAAAUGAAUCCAAAAAUAUCAGAUUUUGGAUUGGCAAAGAAAUUUGAAAUAGGCCAAAGUCAGAGCAGAACAGAGAGGGUUAUUGGCACUUACGGAUACAUGGCUCCAGAAUAUGCUAUGGCAGGCUUAUUUUCAGUGAAAUCUGAUGUUUUCAGCUUUGGAGUUCUUCUAUUAGAAAUCAUUUAUGGGAAAAGAAAUGGUGAAUUCUUUCUUUCAGAACAUGCGCAAAGUCUUCUAUUAUAUACUUGGAGACUUUGGUGUGAAGGAAAAAGUUUGGAAUUGAUCGAUCCGAUAAACAAAGAAUCAUACAUAGAAAGCGAAGUGAUGAAGUGCAUACACAUUGGUUUGUUAUGUGUACAAGAAGAUGCAGCAGAUCGUCCAACCAUGUCAACCGUUGUUCUCAUGCUUGGGAGUGACACAAUGGCCCUUCCUAAACCCAAGCAACCAGCAUUUUCAGUUGGAAGAAUGGCCUAUGAGGAAGGUCCAACUAUUAUUAACUCCAAGGAUAAUUCUGUUAAUGAUGUAACAGUUAGUAUUAUUUCACCUAGAUAGUUGAUUCAACAGGAUAAAUCUUUUACUAUGAACAAGCCCUGCAUUUAACACUGUUAUAGGUAUUAUUCUUUUUUGUUUCCAUGUAAAAUCAAAGUUUAUUCUGAAGGAAUAUGGUCUUGAGUGUUGGAUCAUUAUCCAA